AUGGAAGUCCUCAAUUACACCAAAUCUCAAGGCAAGAGUGUCGAGGAGCCUCGGGUAGUCCUGUUACAACUCAGUGACUCGACCGAUCCCAACUUAUUGACGACGAUUUGUUCGCAGGUGAAGCUGCGUUACACGGCCAUGGGAGUGGUGAGAAUCGCAACGCCUGCCCACAACACAUGUCAGGAAGUUCAUACACAGUAG